AAAGCUGUGUCAUCUCAGGGAAGCAGUAACCAACUGUGGGUUUCUUUGAGCAGCAACUCAAACCAAUAAUGAGCAGAUGAUACCAGUUAAGCAGUGUCUGGCAGACAACGUCAUCACAGUGGCAACAUCGCACAAGCAACAUCAAAGAGCCGGGGACUUUUGUGUUCCCCAGUCAGUGGGAAGCAUGCCCAGUAUCUCGGCUGCCCAAGUGGCUGCAGUUUCUACAUAGAUCUCUACGGAUCUUGUAGCCAUGUCUGUUAGGGAAACAGAGAAUGAUCCUCCUCGAUUUUUUGUGGGUGGAGAAGAUGGAGAAGAAUUAUUGGAUUCAGCCAGAUCUACAGAUUAUGAACACUUCUAUGACCAUGGGGAGGAAGAGGAGGAAGAGUAUGACUCUCCACCAGAAAGACAAAUCGCAGUUGGGAUUUGUUCAAUGGCUAAGAAAUCUAAAUCCAAACCAAUGAAAGAAAUUCUUGAACGCCUCUCCAUGUUUAAGUAUAUAACUGUGGUAAUAUUUGAAGAGGAUGUUAUUUUGAAUGAGCCAGUAGAAAACUGGCCUUUAUGUGACUGUCUCAUUUCUUUUCAUUCUAAAGGAUUUCCACUGGACAAAGCAGUUGCCUAUGCAAAACUCAGGAAUCCAUUCAUAAUUAAUGACUUGAAUAUGCAGUAUCACAUACAAGACAGGAGGGAAGUGUACAGUAUUCUUAAAGCUGAAGGUAUUUUACUUCCUCGCUAUGCAGUUCUGAACCGUGAUCCAAACAAUCCCCAAGAAUGCAACUUGAUUGAAGGAGAAGAUCAUGUGGAGGUGAAUGGAGAAAUUUUCCAAAAGCCUUUUGUAGAAAAGCCGGUUAGUGCAGAGGACCACAAUGUUUACAUUUAUUAUCCAACAUCUGCUGGAGGUGGAAGCCAGAGGCUCUUUCGAAAGAUUGGCAGCAGAAGCAGCGUUUAUUCUCCUGAAAGCAGUGUGAGAAAAACAGGCUCCUAUAUUUAUGAGGAAUUCAUGCCUACAGAUGGCACUGAUGUAAAGGUGUACACAGUAGGUCCAGACUAUGCUCAUGCUGAAGCACGGAAGUCUCCGGCUCUGGAUGGCAAAGUAGAACGAGAUAGUGAAGGAAAGGAAGUGAGGUAUCCAGUCAUCCUGAAUGCUAGAGAGAAGUUAAUUGCUUGGAAAGUGUGCCUUGCCUUUAAA